UAAAAGCCCUAACCCUAGGUUUUGCGGAUUGCUGUUGCCACAGAGCCCGAGAGAGACCGAGUUUCGACUGCCGCAUAAUCUCUGUGAUCGAUCAUGGGUAAGGUCCACGGUUCCUUGGCUCGUGCCGGUAAGGUGAGGGGGCAGACUCCCAAAGUGGCGAAGCAGGACAAGAAGAAGAAGCCUCGUGGUCGUGCCCACAAGCGCAUGCAAUACAACCGCCGGUUCGUCACCGCGGUUGUUGGAUUCGGCAAGAAAAGAGGACCCAACUCAUCAGAGAAGUAGAGAAAGCGGGGAAAGCCCGUAUGAGGUGGAAGUGUAGCUCUUUGUUUUUUGGGAUGAAGUUCAUCCCUAGUCUCUUGCUAUUCCUUUAGUCCAUAUGGAUUGCCCAAUGCCAAGUUCUUAGCUUUGUUCUAUAUGCAAAUCUGAUUUCUCAACCUCCCCCCGUUUCUUUAUCAUCCGUCACUCUCAUUUUUCAAUCUUGUUUUCCCCAUGACAAUUCAGUCUU